UUGUUGUUAUUGUUGUAUCUUAAUAUAUCCCUUUCCAAGUUGAAUUGAUAAUGAUGAAAAGUUUCAAUCUUUGUAGUUCUUGAAAGUGGAAAAAGUUGCUAUUUUUGGUCUAAUAAACAAGAAAUCCAUUAGGAUUUUGGGGGUUGAAUUCUUUAUGAUCAUGGAGAAACAGGUUAGUUUCCAGGGUGCAACAAUGGAAAAACAGCAAAGUUUUCGAAAUGGAGCGAUGGAGAAGCAGAAGAGCUUUAGAGGAAUAAUGGAAAAACAGAAAAGUUUUAGGAUAGCAAUGGAGAGGCAAAUGAGUUUUGGUGGUGAGAGGAAAAGGGGUAAGGAUUCACCGGGGAAACGAGGGGAUUCCCCAUUGCAUCUUGCAGCUAGAGCUGGAAAUUUCGGAAAGGUGAAAGAAAUUAUUCAGAAGUUUGAUGAAAAAGGCAUAAAAGACUUGUUAUGUCAGCAAAACCAAGAGGGUGAGACUGCUUUAUAUGUUUCUGCUGAGAAUGGUCAUAGUUUGGUUGUUGCAGAGUUCUUGAAACAUUUAGACCUUGAAAUCGCUUCUAUUGUGGCAAAUAAUGGUUAUGAUACACUUCAUGUUGCAGCAAGGCAGGGUCAUCUUGAUGUACUACAGGAACUGCUGCAUUCCUUUCCAAACUUAGUCAUGACCACAGAUUCGUCCAAUUCUACGGCGUUACAUACCGCAGCUGCACAGGGACAUAUUUAUGUAGUAAAUAUGCUUCUGGAGAUUGAUUCUAACCUUGCUAAGAUAGCUCGGAACAACGGAAAGACUGUGCUCCAUACAGCAGCAAGAAUGGGACACUUGGAGAUAGUUAGAUCCCUUCUUAGCAAGGAUCCUGAGAUUGGCUUUAGAACAGAUAAAAAAGGCCAGACUGCCUUGCACAUGGCUGCAAAGGGACAAAAUGUUGACAUCGUGCUCGAAUUAAUCAAACCAAAUCCUGCUGUUUUGGCCUUGGAAGAUAACAAAGGAAACACAGCACUUCAUAUUGCAACAAGAAAGGGACGGAUACAGAUGGUACAAUGUCUUAUAUCAAUUGAGGGCAUUGAUCUUAACACCCUUAAUAAGGCUGGAGAAACAGUUCUAGAUAUUGCAGAAAAGUUCGGAACUCCGGAGCUUGUUUCUAUUUUGAAAGAAGCCGGAGCUACCCAUUCCAAAGAUCAUGGGAAGCCACCCGGUCCUGCAAAGCAGCUAAAGCAGUCUGUCAGUGACAUAAAACAUGAUGUGCACUCCCAGCUCCAACAGAGUCGGCAGACUGGCUUCAAAGUACGAAAAAUUGCAAUGAAGGUGAAGAAGCUCCACAUUAGUGGUCUUAACAACGCCAUCAACAAUGCAACAGUUGUUGCUGUCCUUAUUGCUACUGUUGCUUUUGCUGCCAUCUUCACUGUACCUGGGCAAUAUGUUGAAAAGAAAACAGAUGGAUUUUCGCUUGGAGAAGCACACAUAGGGAGAAAAGCAGCAUUCAUAAUCUUCUUCUUGUUUGACAGUAUGGCAUUGUUCAUUUCAGUUGCUGUUGUUGUGGUCCAGACGUCUAUUGUCGUGAUUGAACAGAAAGCAAAGAAACGACUCAUGUUUUGGAUAAACAAGCUAAUGUGGGCAGCUUGUCUCUUCAUCUCAGUCGCCUUUAUCUCUCUUAGUUAUGUGGUAGUUGGAGCUAAGGAAAGAUGGCUUGCUGUGUAUGCAACUGUGGUUGGUUGCAUAAUAAUGCUCACUACAUUUGGCUCCAUGUGCUAUUGUGUGGUUCAACAUAGGCUAGAAGAAUCGAGGUUGAGGAGCAUUCGAAGAACUGAGACUAAUUCACGUUCUUUCCCAUUGUCUGUGGCAUCAGAUCCAGAGCUAUGCAGUGAGAACUACAAGAGGAUGUAUGCAGUAUAGGUAGAAUAAUCAGGCAGAUGUCUGCCUAUGGCAUCAAAUGCAGAGCUCGGUAACUGAAACUACAAGCGAUUAUAUGUAAUUCUCAACCAUGAAGUUCAACAACACUGACAUGGGAUCAAAUUUAGAAUGGUGAAAGUAUGGAAGGGAUCUAUACUGUUCAGGAACAAAUGAGUAGAAAGUUUCAAUAGAUUGACAAUAAUAUCGGAGCGAUAUCAGUCGCUGCAGCAUCUUUCUUGGAAGUUCAAAAUGAAGCAUUAGUGUACAUAGAUUGCAACUUGGUGACAAGAAUGUGGGGAUGGCUGCUAUUUAUUUUUAUGCCUAUAUACCUGAUCAACUUCUAAGUUCAUCAAACAAAAUGGUGUCAUUGUAUACUUUAUGAUAGCUUUUUUUU